AUGAGUUCCCAAAUUUGCAUCUUCCUGCCAGAUUUUUCUGCCCACAUGUCCAUAUGUCAGAUCAAAAGAAAGCAAUGUUUGGUUAAAAAGGAGAUUGACGCCAUCAUCACCCAAGAUGACAUGAAGAAUGCACCAAAAACAGAUCAAGCCCAGAUUGUGGUCACAACAAGGCUGCAUACAUCCAGUUUCAAACAAGGUCAGCUGAUGAACCCAUGA